UGCUCGUACUGGAGGAAAAUGUAAACCUGCACGAUGCUGUCUGCAGCCUGACAGUGAGGACGGACUACGGUAUCGACAUCAUACCUGUCUUUCUCAAGAUGAACAUCUCAGUGUUUUUCCAGGUCAUACUGUUGCUGGCGUUGAGUGCACUCUUGCUUGGUGCGGCUCAGUCUCCUUCAGGACGCAAAGGAAAGAAGGAACGGAAAGAGAGACCAGCGAAUAAGGGCUCCCACAGAAAGAGUCGAAAAGUUUCUUUAAAUUUCGAUUCUGCAGUAGAAUUCCAACCAGAUAUCUACCAAAUGCAUCCAAGUCAAUCAAUAUCACCAUGGACAUAUGAGGUCUCUAAUGAUGAAUCCCGCAUGCCGAGGCACAUCUUCGAGGCGAAGUGUGAGCUGACAGGAUGCAUUAACAAAGACGGAGAUGAAGACAUCGGACUGGAAUCCAAACCCAUCUUCUACCAAAUCAUGGUGCUCAGAAAAAUAAAGAGCAGAAAUGAAAAAACCUAUUCCUUCCAACUGGAGAAAUACACCACCAGCGUUGGGUGCACAUGUGUUUUCCCUAACAUCUUAUCUCACAAGUAGUUCUGCAGUGCAUUAUUUGACAAAAGUUUAUAUACAGCUUUAUAGACUCAUAUAGACUGUUGCUAUAUUAUUGUAUUGUGAGAAGACACAGCUCGGUUGUUAAGCUGUUGGACUUUGGAGUUUAAAUCCCAGAACCCCCAGCAGCCACUGUGGGGCCCUUAAGCAAAGCCCUUAACCUUCAACUGCUUAGUUGUAUAACAAAAAUAAUUGAAAGUUGCUGUGGAUAAGGGCGUCUGCUAAAAUGUAUUGUUGUC